GCUGUGCGGAUCAUGAAUUCCUGACGGGUAUUCCGCAAAUGUAGCAAUUGCUCCCGAACAAUUAAACGAAGUCAUUCGAUCAAAUUCCCAAUAUUAUUGAAGCCUUUUUGAAAUCGCCUUUUUGAAAUCCCUCGCCAUAUCAAGAUGUGCGUAGAGCAAGAAGUUCGUUGCACAGGAUGCAAUGAAUCAAGUACCAGCGUUUACAUCUGUUCGAGGUUCAAGAGAUGGCAAAGAAACCACAAAAGGAUUGUCAGUCAUAGACGAUGUGGAGAAUUCAGUAUAUCUCGGCCAAGAAAACAAACAAGUUUGGCUCACGUGGAUUGUCCCAUUUAGCAAUACUGUUGCUUCCAAUCAUCAAGUUCGACAAAAUGCUUACUUUGAAACCUGCCAGCAACCCGAACAAGAACACGAACAAAUCGAGUAUGAACAUAAUGAAGCGUUCACGUAUGAUUACGCUUCACAAUGUCCAAGUCCAAUUCAAACAUAUCCGGCUUAUGCAAUGCCAUACCCACACUAUCCUUCAUGGUGUGUAUGA